GCCCACAACCGCACUUGUAUGACUCCGAACCGAUCAUAGCUGGCUGGUCGGCCGAUGCGUAUCGUGGUAGGUUAUAUCGGUGCUGGUAUUGCUCGAGCACAUGACUAUCCUGCCCUUCCAAUACCAAGUACGAGUAACGGGGCUGCCUCUUCCUCCACCUCAGGUAAACUACUGACGUGCGCAACCUUCAGCACAGUGCCCUCUCUGUCGCUUCCCGUUGUCGCUAUUGGUGCUGAUGCUGAUGCUGGCGCUCUUCUGCUCUCUUCCUUCCACCCCAGCCUAUCCCUUCCUCCUCCACCUCUCCAACGUACUCUCGAGGUGUUGGACUCUCUUCUGAAAUAUCCCCUCCCCUCCCCACACACGAUCCUCUGUACCCACCAUCCAAAUAUAGCGGAGCCCGUGAGAAGUCGGGUUCCUUUUGGGAGUGAGUGAGUGAGUGAGUGAGGAGCUCGGUUAUCCAGUUGCCUCCUUUUCAGCAGCACUCGGGAGCGGACUCGGGCUUGUCGGCACCAUGUUUAAUAGGAAAUUACAGCUCCCUCUGCUUAACGUCACCGAUGCCGACACUCUUGUUUUCAUCUCGCCAAACACAUCGCCCAACCCCCCCCAUCGGGUCUCCUCGAAGGCCCUCCUCGCGAGCGGAUCAACGGUUUUCAGGGAAUUGCUUGGGCCCACCUCUCAGCAUAGGGCUUUGAGGAAGAGGAAGCUGGUCAACAACCUUCCACAGGGAAUCAAAUAUGCUGUCGAUCUGAGCCCUCCGGAAGAGGGGCCAGAAGCCUUGGACGCUGUCCUAAAACUCUACUGCCCCAAGGUAGUUCUUGAAUGGCAAAGCGGCGUUCCCAACGGAGCAUACCUCGAGGAUGAUGACUACGGAUACCUGGGAGAACUAUUGCGGGUCAACGGGGAAGGGUGUGCCGCGGACUCGCACAACCACGGUACGUGGGAAACUGUGGAGGAGGAUAGCGAUUCCAUCUCGGGUCUUCAUCCCUCUGAGGUUAAUGUUGCAGGACGAGAAUUUGGAACUGAAGAUACAGGCAUAGAAUUGAUGAAGAACGAAUGCACUGAACCAGCUCCGCCAGCUGCCCAUUCCACAAGACGUCAUAGCGCGGCGAUUGAGAGGAUACUUCAUAUGAUUCAUGGAUUGGAUCCACAAUUGUGCACUACCCCUAUGUGGUAUACCGUGUGUAAGGUGGCGGUCUUGCUCAAUUGCGAGUCGGCUGUUGUUGAUCACGCUACGAGUUGGUUAUACUCCGACGGGAAAUUCAUAGGAAAAUAUCCAGAGAUUGUGAUGGAAAUCGCUAACGACCUUAAGAGUAAGGUCUUGUUCAAGGAUGCGUUUGCGCUUCUCGUCGGGAAAAUUCUCCGUACCGCUGAAUCGGAUUCUGAACAGGAUGCCCAUUGCUUCGACAGGAUCCCGGAAGCGGCUCUACCUUGGAAGCGUAGUAUUAUGCAUGCUUGUUGGUCUUUGAGGGAGCGCGCUCAGAUGGCCUAUCAUCAUCUCAUGUGUCCUCAUGAAUGGCUCCACAACCCUGAGUGGAUAUCUGAAUAUGCAAAAUUGGCCAGGGUUCUUUCGAUACCAAAUCUGGAUCACGAAGUUCACGAGGCGAGCAUCGCCCUACGGGAUGCAAUUACACACGCAAUCGUUAAUAGGCUGGCACCUGACCUUGGAGAUCCAUGCCUAUCCGGGGGCCUUCUGCGCUACGAUUCAUUUUUAUUCACGAGGCUGUUUUGGCAGCAGUUGGGCGAUCUCUCUGCUGAUUGUAUUUGGGAAAUGUUCGAUCAAAACGUUUUUGAUGCCCAACUUGCUUGGCAAAAGUGUGUUCAGAGAUACAACACGAGGAGGGUAAAAGGAAAACAUCUGCACUCUAGGCAAGUCGAGCCCCCCAAGAGAAUCCUCGAUGUGUUGGAGGUGCGAGGAGUGGCCAGCCGUGAUGAAACACCUAAAAUUGAGCCGUAAGUGUGCCACCUCAUCUUCUUACAUCGAGGCGGAACCCGGUUUUUAAUAGCUAGUGUCCUUGGUAUAGAUCUCGCGUCGGGGACUCUCAGCCUACCCCACCCCCGAGGAGGGUAGCCGGUGGUGAAGAGAGAUGCCCGGAUCGGCCCGACUCUCAAACACUGCCCGAUGAUUUCAAUGCCCUUGAUUUUCAACAAGACGAGGACAUACACCCUCCCAGCUACAAGCCAAGUAACGAGCCCCCGCCGAGUUAUGCACGCAUUGAUGAAACUAGUGAAGAUCUUGUGACGAAGAGCCCCCCACGAGGAAUGAGGAUUGAAAUUGCGAAUCCCAUUAAACGGAAGUCUAUGUCCGAAUAUUCAUGGGAUGAUGAUGUGGCAGAGGGAGUUGCUUCAGGUGGGGAGCCUAGCUCUGCUACUCCACGAGUUGGAAAUAGCAGUAAGCGCAGGUGCUCUCUGGAGAAAUGCGAGGAUGAAAAAGCAUCAGUGUACUCAGUAUCUACUGUUGCCCGAAAUGAAGAUUCUGGUGAACCGGAGGUUUUCCGUAUAUCUGGUGUCCAUGAAGCAAUCGACCAUCAGGCAACGCCACUGGAUUCUGAUAGAAAAGGGAAAGGAAAGGCUGUUGAUCUUGGCCAAGUUCAAGGGUCGCUCGUAGCGGAGGAACCCCAAGGCUCUAGUCUUCGGGUUCUUCCCGGCCCCACGGGAGCGACGGCGGAAGAUGACUUGGAUAUAUGGUCAAGGCUGUGGGCGAAGGAGGUUGAAGGUUCGCAUGAUUCGUUUCUGGGUCCCCCAUGGGAUGGACGUGAACUGUUCCGAGCAUUCUGCGGAUUCAGUAGCAGUGGCAAUCCUGAAUCAAGUAGCGUGGCAGGCGCUGGAGCCCAUGCUACUCUAGAUUAUGCCUUAUACGACCGCACCACCAGUCAGGACCCAGAUCGCGCCCAAGAUUAUAACCAGGAUUACAAUUCGUUCGCCGAUCUAGACAUGAAAGGGUAUCUAGGGACCCGGGGAUCUGGGCAAAACAUGGACCAGGGAUUGCCCCCGCAGGACUCGCCCAAAAUUUCCAGCUCACAAUGCAUCACCCUUGAGACGAUAUGGAAACAGUCUUUGAGUUAUUUGCAUAUAAUCAGCUCACCGUUCACCGAGAUACCCACCAUGUACGACCCGACCAGCUGGCCCGAUGACGGCGCACUACUCUGUCUCUCCGAUGCGGAAUGGAAAUUUUUGCCAUUGUGGGCGGACGGUCUGGACGACGGCACCGGCGGAGUUUUCGGCGACCCACAGCCCGAACUAGUCCCUCAGUCCCCGCCGGAGGACUGCGGCGAAGGGACGGAGGUUGAGAGCCUCGCAGGAAGCAAUUACUCAGAUUGUCUACUUGACAUGGUGAGCGUGGCUAGCUUCGAGGCAAGGGUGUUUUCGGAAGACGAGGAUGAGGAUACGGAUGGUUUCAUGUCCACCAGUACAGCGGAGGACGAGGACGAGGACGAGGAAUGGGAUGAAGACUCGGACGGUAUGGAAGAUCUCGGAUGGGAAGAGUGUUUUUGACGGCUUUUCGCAGGAGUGGGAGGGUUUCAGGCGUGAGAUGUGAUUCGGCACGGUGCUCGCAGCGGUGGAGGCAAAUUGUGGAGGUCUUGUCGGGCUUUUGUGACGAAUACUUUUCAACUCGUUGUUUUCUACCCGGAUUAUUUUUAAAAUUUGCUUUUUUCCCUCUUCUCCUUUACUUUUUACUGACUCGGUGUUUCUACUCCAUUUCCUUUGAUCCACUCAUUCAUUCACUCCUUUUGUCGAAUGCCUUCCCCCCCCCUUUUUUUUCCGCCAUCUAUGGCUAUUAGCACCCGCGACUGUAGUGGGCAAUAUAUCGGGUCCGGGGGGGAGAAAUCUGCGCAGGAAAAUUUGAUAUUAUGAUGCAUGACUUCAGGAAUUCAAGUUCCUUUUGCCC